CUGAACAAAAUGAAUUUCAUUACAAGGCUUUCUGCUUUAUGUCUGAGGAAAAGCAAGAUGCAACAGAGGCACCAAAGUAGUAGACGACCAGCUGUUCCACUUGGAUCUCGGAUUUUAACUGAUCCUUCGAAGGUUUUUGAGCAUAACAUGUGGGACCACAUGCAGUGGUCACAAGAAGAGGAGGAGAAUGCCAAGGAAAAAGCAGCAGAGAACUCGCUUGUGAAAGUCCAGUGGGAAGAGCAAGAUAAAUAUGAGAGAGAAGCCAGUAAAUAUUGGAACAAAUUUUACGAGACUCAUAAAUGUAACUUUUUCAAGGAUCGCAAUUGGCUGUUUCUGGAGUUCCCAGAAAUUCUUCCAGAAAAAAGGAGAGAGUUGAAAACAGAAGAAAGAUCUUCAGAACCCACAAAAAUAAAUAGUACCAACAGUUUUUCACACAAAAAUGAAAUGUCUGAGGAAGGAGAAAAAGAUUGGAAGGAAAACUUUGGAGGUGGUUCUACAUCUGUACAAGGAUAUGUAUAUAAUAAAAAACAAUCGAAACCUCUUAGUGACGGUCCUCAGGGUGUAAACUGUGAAGAAGAACUUGGCAGGCUGGAAUCCUUCCCUGGUAGUGAUGCCACUUACAGAAUAUUGGAGGUUGGUUGUGGUGCUGGAAACAGUGUCUUUCCUAUUUUGAAAGUUCUAUGCAAUGUACCUGGAACCUUUCUGUACUGUUGUGAUUUUGCUUCAGGAGCAGUGGAGCUGGUAAAGUCUCAUUCGUCCUACAAUUCAGCCCGGUGUUCUGCCUUUGUUCAUGAUGUGUGUGAUGAUGCUUUACCCUAUCCUUUUCCAGAUGAGAUCCUGGAUGUCAUUCUCCUUGUCUUUGUGCUCUCUACUAUUCAUCCUGACAGGAUGCAAGGGGUUGUAAAUAGGUUGGCUAAACUACUGAAACCUGGAGGAAUGUUGUUAUUUCGAGACUAUGGAAGAUACGACACAGCUCAGCUGCGUUUUAAAAGAGGUCGUUGCUUGUCAGAAAAUUUUUAUGUACGAGGAGAUGGCACCAGAGUGUAUUUCUUUACCAAAGAUGAGGUGUGCGACAUGUUCAACUUGGCUGGAUUAACCGAAGUACAGAAUUUAGUUGAUCGGCGACUGCAGGUAAACAGGAAGAAAAAAGUGAAAAUGCAGCGAGUUUGGAUACAGAGCAAGUUCCAAAAACCAUUGCUGCUACCUCUGAGUGAUCCCGAAGAAGCCACUGGAAGGCAUACGUAA